GACACACUAAAACCCUUUCUAUAUUUAUCCCCCUCUUCCCCUCUCUCUGCCUCCUUGUCAAGAAACAACUUUAGGGUUUAAGCAAACCUAUACACACAACCCAAACCUAUACAUACAACCCAAAAUUAUGAACACUUCUACAUCAAACGGCGUCGUUGCAAACAGGAGCAAUGGGGGCAGACCCAUUGUUGACAAAGAAGUUGAUUUUGCAAACUAUUUCUGCACUUACGCCUUUCUUUAUCACCAAAAAGAGAUGCUUUCUGACCGUGUUCGUAUGGAUGCUUAUUACAAUUCCAUCUUCAGAAACAAAUCCCAUUUUAUUGAUAAGGUUGUGUUGGAUGUAGGUACGGGAAGUGGCAUUUUGGCAAUAUGGGCAGCUCAAGCAGGUGCCAAGAAGGUCUAUGCGGUGGAAGCUACCAAGAUGGCAGAUCAUGCACGUGAACUAGUCAGAGCAAAUAAGCUUCAGGAUGUUGUUGAUGUGAUUGAGGGAUCAAUUGAAGAUGUUAUACUACCGGAAAAAGUUGAUGUAAUAAUCUCUGAGUGGAUGGGAUACUUUCUUCUGCGUGAAUCGAUGUUUGAUUCUGUUAUCUGUGCUCGUGACCGCUGGCUUAAACCAACAGGCGCCAUGUACCCAAGUCAUGCACGCAUGUGGUUGGCGCCUAUUAGAUCUGGCUUAGGAGAUCAUAAAAUGAGCGAUUAUGAAGGUUCAAUGGAUGAUUGGCAAUAUUUUGUGGACAAUACCAAGAAUCAUUAUGGAGUUGAUAUGGGUGUUCUUACUAAGCCUUUUUCUGAGGAGCAGAAAAAGUACUAUCUGCAGACGUCCUUGUGGAACAAUCUUCAUCCAAAUCAAGUUAUUGGAACUGCUGCAAUAAUAAAGGAGAUUGAUUGCUUAACAGUAACUGUUGAAGACAUUCUUGUUGUCACAGCAUCUGUUUCAUCAUCUAUUAUUAAAGAAGAAACCAGGCUUUGCGGUUUUAGUGGCUGGUUUGAUGUACAUUUUCGAGGAAGCAAAGAGAAUCCAGCUGAGCAGGAGAUUGAGUUGACAACUGAACCGAGUGAAAAUAACACCACUCAUUGGGGACAGCAGGUGUUUCUCAUCCAUCCUCCUACUCAUGUUCGUUCUGGGGAUGAUCUAAAUAUUAAUUUUGCUAUGAGUCGUUCUAAAGAAAACCAUAGAUUGAUGGAGGUUGAUCUCGGCUGUGAGGUUAAGCAGUCGUCUGGAAAGCUACUUCAAUCUUUCAAACACAAGUUUUUCAUCGAGUAAAAAGAAUUUAUAUGCCUCCAAGAAAUAUAGAGGUUCGCAUCCAGGGACACAAGACCCAGAGACCAGAGUUUUACUGCUGAUUGUAUUUUCAUCUUAUACAUUGUGCAUCCAGAAGAGCUAAAUUUUAUUGCCAGUACAAUGUACUGUUGUCUCUUUUAUGUAUUCUGUUAUUUUGAAAUGUAUUAUCAUCUCCUUCCAUCUCAGAUAUGCAGUUAGUUUUUACA